CUUUAUAACAGGUUGUGAUUAGUCGGCCCCCGUGCGCGCAUCAAACAGGUACAGGUGUGAUGGACCCGGGACUUCUCAUCUGCUUCGCAGCAGUUUUUAUUUUGGUGUCAGAUGUGUGCGGAGAGUGCAACAGAAAUCAGUGGCAGUGUGAUGAUGGAGUGUGUAUACCACACAGAUGGCACUGUGAUGGUGUUAGUGACUGCCAGGAUGGCUCUGAUGAGAUGGCAUGCUCAUGUCCACCAAAAGCUUUUGAGUGUGCAGAUGGUUCCGGGUGUGUGACAGAGUCGCUGGCUUGUGAUGGGCGGGCCCAGUGUUCUGAUGGCUCAGAUGAGCUGGAUUGUGACUGGAGGUCAGGCUGCCUUUCCAGAGACUGGAAGUGUAGGAACAAUAUCUGCAUCCCACAAAACUUUAUCUGCAAUGAAGUCAAUGAUUGUGGGGAUAAUUCUGAUGAAGAAACUUGUGGUUCCUGUGGGAAGAUGAAAAUCCGCUGUCCUGAUGGAAGAUGUUUAACCCAGAGAGAGAUGUGUGACGGAGUUGCUCAGUGCACAGAUAGGAGAGAUGAGCCUCAUACCUGUGGUAAAAGUUGUAGGAAUGCAAAUGGUGGCUGUAGUCAUACUUGUGUGGAUCAAACUUGGGGAGCGUUGUGCAUUUGUCCCAGGGGAAUGACCCUCUCCGCAAAUGGACUUGAUUGCAAAGAUGUUGAUGAAUGUUCCCAGUCUUUUGGACAGUGUAUGCACUUGUGUACAAACACACCAGGGUCUUUUCGUUGCUUGUGUCAAAAUGGUUUUAAAUCUCUUGGCAAUGGAUCUUGUGAAGCUCAAGGGUUCCCAGUGAAGAUUUUGACCUUCCGAAAACCGCUUAUUGGGCUAGUGAAUGUAAAGACUAGGGUGUUUGAGCCACUCCUUUCCAUUGAGAAAUCUUAUUUAUUGGGCUGA